ACAUUAAGGUUCAUUAGUUAACUACAUUGGUUAACAUGAAGUAAUAAUGAACUGCACUUAUACAGCAUUUAUUAAUCUUUGUUAAUGUUAAUUUCAACAAUUACUAAUAAUCUUGUUAACGUUAGUUAAUGCACUGUGAACUAACAUGAACAAACAAUUAAAAGCUUUAUUUCUAUUAACUAACAUUAACAAAGAUGAAUAAAUACUGUAAUAAAUGUAUUGCUCAUGGCUUGUUCAUGUUAGGUAAUACAUUAACUAAUGAACCUUAUUGUAAAGUGUUACCAUUUAACCCAACAGCUGGUUUCGUCCCUUUCUGACCCAAUGCUGGGUUUAAAAUAAUCCAGCAUAUUUAGUGUAGUAAUUAAAAACUAAAUUGUUUCCCUUUAUUUAAAUGUUCAUCAUUUUUUUCAUUGAUUUUAUGUUUAUUGUUAUGCAUUCUCCCUAAUGCCUACAUCACUGCACCUCGCCAAACAUGCCAGCUAAAGCUUCUCUCACACGUGAAGUGAAAGCACUUAAUGCUGUUUCUCACGUGCUGUGUGCUUUUGAUGGGCUGAGGAAAGAUGAGGCAUCCCUGGAGAUCCCAAACCGACCUGCUUUACUGUAUCUCGCAUUGGAUUGUCCGCUGACCGACCACUGACUGAUGCCUUGUCUUGGGUGAGAGCGUAACCAGCAGUCUCCUUCUUUGGAUUUUGUGUUUUUCAUACGUGCACCCAUCAGUGGCUAUAUUAAGGCUUUGAAUAAGGUCACCCGUGAAAAUCUUCAUUCUCACCAAUGGAUAAAGCUGCAUGUGCAUGCCGCGAGCUAUAGGGACGAGGAAAACAGAGGACAGACCUAAAUGCAUGUUUGUUUGCAUGAGUAAAAGCUCAUAUCUGCUGCAUCCAUGGCUGAAAAUUCUGAGGACCCUCUGGAGCUGUUGGAGAUACUGGAAGUGUUGGGGGGCUGCAGUGGGAGCGUGUCGUACGCUGAUGUCUGCGUGUAUCUAAGUGGACGUUUCAGUUUGCAUUCACUUUUAGAGAUACGGAGUCUCCUGUAUUCCACCGCCUGUAGAGAUCCAUGCUUCCCGGCCACCCUGUUUAGAGAGCGCCUGCACCCUCCCUGCAGCAACCGGCUCUCAGCGGCCGCAGAUGUUGUGUCUCUGUUUAACCUCCACAUGCAAACACGCAUGACUCCUACAUACAUGCAGACCUUGCAGUCUGUGAUACCCUGUCAGGUCUGUGGGAAGGGAUUCGUGCGCUAUGACUGGCCGGCCGCCUUGCCCGUCACAGGAGGAGGGACCGCCUCUCAGGACUGUAAAUAUGAGAACCUCCCUUGUGAUGCGAUCAGAUUUGACACGGAGGCUUCACACACGCGGACCGCCUCUGAACUGCUUGCUCACCCUCACUUAUACAUGCACGACCAAGGCAGCAUGCAGGAUACGCUCUCGGUGGAAACACCGGAUGAACAGGAAGCCCGAAUCCUUCGUUCCUGCUCUCAGAAGAGGAGUGCCUUCAAAGAGGGACACAAAUUGUUACCGCUCAUCUCCGUGGAAUAUGUUAGCCAAUCAGAGCAAAGCCCGGACGGACCGCAAGUGGAUGGUGAGGACCUUACUCAAAAGAACCCGUAUCCGGACCCAGCAUCACCCAUGCAACGUCUGCACGAUCAUUCGUAUGCAACCAAGUCAUUCGAUUCUUCGAAACAUCCAAGUGAAUCAGAUUCGCACACGGACAAUGCGUCAUUAUCCGAUGCUCCGAACCCGUACAGUCCUGAUCCGGUUCAUUGGCAUCAGACAAGGCAUGAGAGUUUGGAUGAACUUCAAACAUCUACUUACUUCGGGCCUACACUCUCCGUCGAAAAGCAUCAGACCCCAGCUCUCCAAGUCAAGAGCCAUAGUCUGGACAUCGAUAGCAGGACUGCAGAUGAAAGACCUGAACAGGAAACCUCUGGCUUGCAAAAGCCUAAAUCGGAGCGUUCUGUAUUAGAGAAGUCCGGAUUAAGAAAACCAGGAGUUUUUAAACUCAGCUUUGACGGCUCCAGCUUAGACAUUCCUGGCUUCGACCCUCGCAUCGUAAACUCGGUUCGGGACACCUUCAAGCGCUUGAGUGGCAUGAGCUUGGACGCGUGGUACGAUUGGUCACCGACGGGGGAUGGCGUGUCUAACGUGGGCACCCAAACGGAACCUACGGAUCGGCGUUCCUUGCGAAGUUUAAUGCUUAGCGAAAGACUCUCCAUCGAUAACCCCGACAUCGCCGAUGACGACAUCAGUGCUAUCUUCCGUUUCCUUGAUGACAUCAGCAUGUGUGGCUCCAUGGCGGUACUGCCGGGGGCCACGGGUGGAGGGGCCCAGGAUGGGGGCGGAGCCGGUCUGCCAGAGAGGCGUGAACGUUUGGGAAAACUACGGAGGUUGUUUCACUCCAUGGAAGCACCUGAGGAGGGCGUGAGAUGGGGCGUGGGCAGACUGCUCCAAAGGGUCUCAGAGCUGGAGCAACACCUGGAGCCGAUAGCAGAGUUGCGUGAACAGCUAGCACUCGUGCUGUCCACGCUAGACCGACUGGAGCAGCGCGAGCAGAUCAUAUGCCUGCACCCCAGUCAAAUGGGUACACCACAGGUCAGCAUACACCCCUCACCACAGGUCAGCUUAAACCCCUCACCACAGGUCAGCAUACAGUCGCAGGGCUCUCCCAGGAUCAACGCGGGGGCGGAUGCGUCCAAUGAGGCUGCGGCCAAACGCAGACGUCUGUUUGUACGCAGACCCUCCAAACCCCACACGGAAAGCAGCGGCUCUGAAGCUCACAGAGACUGGAGCAUCAGCUUCACCAAAGAGCCACAAAUACAGCUGACUAAGUCAGAUCAGUUGGGUGCUGUAUAUAAGAAAGAAGCCCCUGCAGUGCAAGAAGUAAUGAGCUUCCACCUCAUGCCACCCGAAUCACACAUGUCCUCACGGCGGACUUCUCUUCAGAGCAGUAAAGCGAGUUCAACGGACCGCCCCAAAGUCACCUGGAACCCAUCAGACUUAACACCUUUGGACCUUCAGGCCCCUGAGUCUAUGGAGUUUUGGACAGAUGAGAUCUACACGCCGGCCUCCGAUAGGCUCAUCCGGCGGUCACAAUCUUACACCCGUUGCAACAGGAGUCAGGCGCUUCGCAUCGCCGCCCUCAGCAUCACUGCCACCGUCCUCCUCAUUCUCAUCAUCGUCAUUCCUGUCAGCACUGUGUAAUGUACAUUCAGUCACAUGCAUGUAUAUGAAUGCAAACUCUUUUAGGGACGAAAGGUUGACUGUUACCAUCACUGCAAUACUGGAAUGUAUGUACUGUAGUAUGUUCAAAACGUGCACUUGGCAGGACGUUCGUAUGUGUUUGCAUACUUGCAAGAAGUAAUGGCACGUAAAAUAAUGUAAAGACUGUAAACUGAAGCAUGAAUCGAAAUCAACAGAUUGCACCAGAUGAAAAACGUAAUAAAUAAAAGGUUUAUUUUCAAAACAAA